UUUGGUGCCAUCCUGUUUAUGCAUUUAACAUUGUCUGUAAAUUUUCAGCUGCCAUUUUGGUGCCAUCCAUCUGUCAUCCACCACUUUUCUUGACUUUGUUUAUGCACACUUUUCUUUGUUUAUGCAUUUAACAUUGUUUGUAAAUUUUCAGUGACCUUUUUGGUUCUAUCCCUCUCUGGUACCUAUUGCUAUUCUUCGUUGAAUUCGAACCCAGGAAUGAGUAACCUCAAGUUAGCGGUGGAGGUUGUGAGUGCCCAUAACCUUAUGCCGAGACAUGGACAAGGCACAACCAGUGCUUAUGUGGAGUUCCUGUUCGAUGGUCAGAGAGCCCAAACCAGCACAAAAGUAAGAGAUGUCAAUCCUGUUUGGAAUGAAACCAUCUUCUUUGAUGUCUCCGAUCCAAACCGCCUGCCUGACCUCGUUGUUGAGGCCAAUGUUUUCCACAAAGGAAAUGCCAACUCCACAACUUUCCUUGGAAAGGUUUGUUUGCCUGGGACAUUAUUCGUUCCAUGCUCUGAUGCUGUUGAUUCGCGCCACCCUCUUAAAAAAAGAGGUAUUUUCUGUUUCUCCCGCGUGAAAAGAGAGCUUGUUCUAAAAGCUUUUCACACUGGUAAUCAUUACCUUGCAAACCCAAAUCAAUCGCAGCCAUCGGUGAACCAUGAGGCGCAGUCUGAAUCCCAUGAGCCUCCUAAAGUAAUGCGUUUACCUCGACCGUCUGAUUAUCUGCCUAAAGAGACAAGUCCUUGCUUGGGAGGGGGGCACGUUGUUCGUGGGCGAUUUGUGCGUGGAGACAGUCCAGUCAUCAGCACCCAUGAGCUUGUCGAAACAAUGCAUUACCUGUUUGUACGCGUUGUGAAGGCCCUCGAUCUUUCUUGCCGUGACACAUAUGUGGAAGUGAAAGUUGGCAAUUACAAAGAAAUUACAAGAAAUUUGGAGAGAAAGCAGAACCCUGAAUGGAAUGAGGUGUUUGCGUUUCCAAAGGAAAACCUGCAGUCAUCUGAAUUGGAUGUUGUGGUCAAAGACAAGGAACUUGUAGAUGGUGACUUUGUUGGGUCUGUGCGGUUUGCUCUCAAUGAAGUUCCGACCCGAGUUCCACCUGAUAGUCCAGUGCCUCCGGAAAGGCAUCAGGUAGUAGACAAGGAUGGGAAGAAGAAAGGGGAACUCAUGCUUGCUGUAUGGUAUGGCACUCAAGCUGAUGAAGCUUUUCCAAAUGCCUGGUACUCUGAUGUAAUUCUUCCUGCUGAUACGUCUUCAGCUGCUUAUACACAUGUCCGCUCAAAAGUUUACCCUUCACCAAGAUUAUGGUAUGUACGGGUAAACGUGAUUGAGGCACGGGACCUGGUUGUACCUGACACAUCUCGAAUCCCAGUUGCAUACGCAAGUAUACAAAUCGGUCAUCAGUGUUUAAAGACAAAAGAAGUUCAAUCUUUGAACCCAAUGUGGAACGAGGAACUUAUGUUUGUCACUGCCGAACCCUUUGAUGAUCAACAUCUGAUCGUUUCUGUUGAAGAUCAUGUAUGUCCAGAGGAGACAUUAGGAAGAGUUUCCAUAGCAUUGAACUCCGUUGAGAGGUGCGGUGAAUCUGCCGAUGAUGAUCAAAUUAUCUGUGGGCAGUGGUUUAACCUUGACAUGUCUCUGUCAAAUGUCAUGGAGAGAGAUAUUGAUCAUAAGUUUUCCAGGAGAAUCCAUCUCCAUGUUUGUCUAGAUGGAGGGUACCAUUUACUUGAUGAUUCUUCUAACUAUUGCAACGACCUGCAGCAGCCUGUUGGUGUCUUAAAGCUCGGAGUUCUAAAUGCCAAAGACCUAAUGCCAAUGAAAACAGAGACUGGGAAGGCUACAACUGACUCGUAUUGUGUAGCGAAGUAUGGCGACAAAUGGGUUCGUACUCGAACCAUAACUAACAGCACAAGUCCAAAAUACAAUGAGCCGUACACUUGGGAGGUAUAUGAUCCUGUCUCAUUUCUCACAGUGGGGGUUUUUAAUAACGGGCAGAUUGGCAAUUCAAGUGGGAAAAAAGAUAAAGAAAUUGGCAAGGUCCGGAUUCAAAUCUCUACCCUCGAAUCAGACCACUUGUACACACACUCUUAUCCGUUGCUAUCCGUUUCUUCUUCUGGUGUCAAGAAGACGGGCGAAUUACAUCUUGCAAUAAGAUAUUCAUGCAUAUCAUUUGUGAAUCUAAUGUUGAUUUACUCUCAACCUAUUUCGGUAAAGAUACAGCCAGGCACAUUGAGGAACCAAGCUGUAUUGGUGGUGGCAGAUAGGCUUGCUCAGGUAGAACCACCUCUUGGGAAGGAAGUAGUUAAAUACAUGUACUCUGAUGCUGCAGAUGUUCAUGCUUGGAGCAUGAGGCGCAGCAAGGCAAACUUUUUCAGAAUGAUGUCUGUUUUAUCACCGUUCAUUUCUGUUCGGAAAUGGUUUGAAGAAGUAUGUGCAUGGAGAAGUCUCAUUAUAACAGUGCUAGUACAUGUCCUGUUUGUGAUGCUGGUGUGCACUCCGAAACUUAUUUUGUCAACUGUUUUCCUAUACACGAUCGUAAUAGGGAUUUGGAACUUCCGGGACCGCCAAAGACACCCUCCCCAUGUGGACACAAGGCUCUCCCAUGCAGACUCUACGCACCCUGAUGAGCUUGAUGAAGAAUUUGACACAUUUCCAACUUCACGACCAAUUGAUAUAAUUAGGAUGAGGUACGACCGCUUGAGGAGUAUUGCCGGAAGGAUUCAAACGGUGGCGGGGGAUGUUGCAAUGAUAGGGGAGAAGAUUCAGAACCUUCUCAGUUGGCGGGAUCCUCGCGCCACUUUUAUAUUCACCACAUUCUGUCUUUUUGUUGCUAUUGUGUUGUUUGUGACACCUUUGAAGGCUGUAGUUAUUAUUGCUGGGUUUUACUUAAUGAGGCACCCAAGGUUCCGGCGUAGGCAACAAAUGCCAUCAGUCCUGGCUAACUUCUACAGAAGGUUGCGCACGAAUGAGGACUCUAUUUUAUAAAUGCCCCAUUAUUCACUUA